GUACGUCAAUGUACGGCUUGUAACGGCAGUUAUUGUAAACGAUUCCGUACAAGAUGGCUGCCAAACAGGGCAUGAUUGACAGUUUUGUCAAAAUAACUGGCGCAGAUGAAAAUAGAGCCAAAUUUUACCUAGAGUCUUCUGCUUGGAAUUUAGAGAUGGCAAUGGCAAGUUUUUAUGAGGGUGAUCCAGAUGAUGAUGAUGAUCUUGUGGCUGUAGGACAGUCUAUCAAUGCACACACAGGACAGUCCAUCAGUCCACACAGAGGGCAGUCCAUAAGUCCACUCAUAGGGCAGUCCAUCAGUCCACACACAGGACAGUCUGGUACCCCAGCUAGCAGUCAGGGUAGGCAGGACACAUCUAAAGGGGGCACAAAGCGUAGCAGCAACACAGGGAACUCAAGGUUUGCCACCAUUGGUUCCAUGAAUGCAGGAGUGGAUGAAGAUGAGUCCAGUGAGGAGGAGGGCCAGGCGUUCUACGCAGGAGGUUCUGAACAUAGUGGACAGCAAGUUUUGGGACCUAAGAAAAAGAAACAUGUUGUCGAAGAUUUGUUUAAAUCAGCUAGAGAACACGGAGCGGAGGAGGUUGGCCAGGAGGCGCCCCAACCCCGUGCUGGGCCCGCUUUCAAGGGCUCUGGCUACAGAUUGGGUGAUACAGAGGGAGCAUCCUCAGAACGCAUACAUGGGGAACCUGUCAUGUUUCACAAGAAACAGAUUGACUGUGUGUUGAAGCUGUGGAAGGACGGGUUCAGUGUGGAUGAUGGACCUCUCAGAGACUUCCAUGACCCAGCCAACAAGGAAUUUCUGGCUGCCAUAUCAAAUGGGGAGGUUCCCCAGGAGCUGAUCCGUGCAGCCAGGGGGGGCGAGGUGAACCUGAACAUGGAGGACCACAGGCAGGAACAGUAUGUGAAACCCAAGGUGCCACUCAGAGCAUUCACGGGCGAGGGACACACUCUCGGCAGCCCUGCCCCAAACCUGGUAAGCCCAGUGAGGUCCAGCCCUGCUGCAGUCAGUGGACACACCUCCAGUCUGACUGUGGAUGAAUCCAGACCAUCCACAACCAUACAGAUCAGAUUAAUGGACGGAACCAGAUUAGUUCAGAAGUUCAAUCUAACUCACAAAGUCAGUGAUAUUCGACGACAUAUUAUCUCAUCCAGACCCGAGUAUCAUGCUACAAACUUCAUCUUACAGACAACAUUCCCUAAUAGAGAGCUCACAAAUGAAUCAGAGACAAUAGAGACAGCCAAACUUCAGAAUGCUGUUGUAGUGCAGAGGAUGAAAUGAGCAUCAGUGGACCAUAUGAUGGACUGCUAGAACCAAUGUUCAAUCUAGUUUGAAUAUUGGGUACUUUAUUUAUUUAAGUGAAUUAGCUGACCAGGUACCCCAGUAGAAAUGGGAGACAUAUAUGCUUCCAGUACAAAACAGGUUGUUUGACUUGUACAGGUGUGAAUGAACAAACCAGCGUCUAAUACCUACUGAGUUAUCAAAAACUUGCGUUACUUUGUCUUUACUGCAUAAGAAUUACUGUCAGCAGGUUUGUUCGAGAAUUAUGCAUGUCUAAAAUCAUCUCAGUUUUACCUGUGUUACAUGACUUUUAGUAUGCAGUAUCAUCAUUGACUGCAUUGUCUUUGUUUAAUAGCCUUACCACUGCCACGAGGACUGUAUAUAUGUCGGGUUGGCUGUUGUAAUGUUAUUGUUACAAAUCAAAUUUAUGCAAAGUUAAAAGGAAUUUUUCACAGAUUGUCAAAAUGCCCAUUAUCCAACUUUUUAAAGCAAGAAAUGUCUUGAUGUAUAUAAUUGUUCAGAUGGCUGAGUUGUUUAGGUAUUAGCAUUUAAUACCACACUGGUUUGAACCCAGCUUGUGCUUAGAUUUUUAGCUCACCUGUGCAGCAUGUCGUCUUUUGUCCGUCGUCAGUUGUGCAUUGUGCAGCGUCAUCAUUUGCCUUGUUAACACUAGAGGCCACAUUUUUUGUCCGAUCUUCAUGUAAUUUGGCCAGAAGAUGUGUCGCAGUGAUAUCUUGGAAGAGUUCAAAAAUGGUGCUGGUUAGUUGAAAAAAUGGCCGCCAGGGGCGGGGCAUUUUUCCUUAUAUGGCUAUAUAGGGCUGUAGUAAAACCUUGUUUACACUAUAAAAGUCACAUUUAUACUCCAAUCUUCAUGAAACUUGGUUAGAAGAUUUGUUUUAGGGAUAUCUUGAUUAGUGAAAAUGGUUCUUGUCUGUUGAAAAACAAUGCUGCUAGGGGGGGGGGGGGUCAUUUUUCCUUAUAUGGCUUUAGAUAAAUCUUGUUAACACUCUGGAGGACACACUUAUUGUCCAAUGGUCAUGAAACUUGCUCAGAAGAUUUGUUCCAUCUUAGAUGAGUUCAUAAAUGGUUCUGGUUGGUUGAAAAACAUGGCUGCCAGGGGGUGGGACAUUUUUCCUAAUAUGGCUAUAUAGUAGAAACCUGUAACACUCUCUAUCUCAUAUUUAUAGUCCAAUCUUCAUGAAACUUAGUGAGAACAUUUAUUUUAAUGAUAUCUGGGAUAAGAUCCAAAAUGGUGUCGAUCUUUUGAAAAACAUGGCUGCCAAGGGGCGGGUAAUUUAUCCUUAUUUGGCUAUAGUAAAACCUUGUUAGCACUCUAAAAGUUACAUUUAUAAUUCACUCUCCAGGAAACUUGGUCAGAAUAUUUGUUUUUAUUAUAUCUUGGGCUGCAAAGAACAGGUAAUUUUGUUUGAAACUCAGGUGAGCGACUUUGGGUGUUUCAGCCCUCUUGUUUCUAUUUUUUCCUAGAUUAUGUUUUUGACAUUACUAUGAAGCUUUACAGUUCAAUAGUUAAAAUUUAGUAAUUUAAGGCAAUUUCCGACACUCUUUAAAUGCCCCAAUCUUUGAACAAGUCCUUUCAACCAAAUAAUUAAUAUUGUAGAUUGCAUUGUGUUCUGCUUUCUCAAGUUAAAUUCGUCAGUUCUGCAAUAAAUGCAGUUAAGAAGAAA